CCACACUAAAGUCACGCAGUCUUUAUCGUGAGCUCUCCCAUUCCAUCGCACGGCAGGAAAAUUGAAACGUAGAAAAACCAUUAAGCAAGACGGAAUAAAGCCAUGUCAGCAAGUUUGUUUUCCCGUCUGGAUCCGUUCGACUGCCAGAAGGGAGAUUUCGAUUACUACUUGGAGCAGUUUCAAAACUUCCUCGAGCUAAACUCGGUUGAAGAUGAGAGCAAAAAAGUACCCCUCUUCAUCUCCAGCAUCGGCCAGGACGCGUAUAAGAUACUGAAGGAAAUUUGCGCACCAUCGGAUCCGAAGGAAAAAUCAUUUGACCAGAUGAAAACUCUACUGGUGGAGUACUUUGCCAGGCGAGAAUUCUACCGUCGAAAUCAACGACCUGGUGAAUAUACGGGAGUAUUUGUGAACGAGCUAAAACGACUCUCAAUCAAGUGUAAUUUCGGACCAUUUGCGCAUGAAGCGUUGCGCGAUAGAAUCGCUUGUGGAAAGCUACCAGAAGAAGCGACAGAUAAGAAACCUGCGGCUCCGGCCGCGUCGGACGCUUCCAAAAAGGCCAAGACCCAGCAGCCGCAGAAACCGAGUGUACCACUCGAAGUCCAACUGGUCGCCGAGAAAAAAGCUAAAGCUAAACCGGCCGCUAUUGAGACCGGGUUUGUCGUUGUAAACCCGGACUCGGUCCCAAAACAACCGAAGGGGCCCAAGCAGCAGAAAAGUGGAGGCCCCAGUGGUCAGCAGAAGCAACAUAAGUGCAAGAUUUGCGGACACGAACACAAAGAAUCGGAAUGCCCACACAAGGACUCAAUGUGCUUCAAGUGUGACAAGAAGGGUCACAUUGCGUCGGUGUGCCGAGAGAAGAUUAACAAAGGCCAGAAGCAGCAGCAGCAGCAGCCCGUACAGGUUCAUGUUCACGUUCAGCAGAAUACCGCCAUGAAGAAUUGAAUCAUCGCCUUGUCCUACGAAAUGAGAAAAGUGAUUUGUAUUAUGACAGCAAUCUUUGAAUCAUAUUUGGAAGUUUGUGUAUUAUAUUUGUGGUUUAAACGAGCAUACAUUUUUGUUUUUUUUUCGAUUAUUAUACAUUUAAAAUAUGGCUUUCGUUUCAAAAAAGAAUGACGGCGUGAAUCGUAUAAACCACAAUCAUUGUGAUACAAAUAAAAAUUCAGCAUAAAAAUUGUAA